GCGCCAUAGGGCUUAUGAGGAAAGAAGAUCGGUUAUUUCCUGGAGCUAAUUCCUUGUUUUUGUUCGGUAGCCUGCACUGUUCCUUGAUUCCAACACGGAACAGUGCAGGAACCCACACCGCACCAGGAACACACACCGCACACCGUUUUUAUUGUGAUGUGGAUGCACGGUGUGGAGCGUACCAGUGUUUACAUUUUCCAGGAUGGAAAGUAGACCUAUGAAGUGAAAUGAAGUUUAUAGCAGAUGGGGAUAUAUACAAAAAAAACGAACGUCGUUCAUCUAAUCGAAUUAUCUAAAGAAUGUAGGAUUUUAGGAAGUGUGACUAUGUGGUGGAUUGGAGAUAGAGAUUGAAGGAACCGCUUAUUAAAAUACCAAAAAAUCCAUUAUGCAUAUAACACGGGCUAUGCACCAACUGCGUUAGAUUAUCCUAAACACACAUUUAUUCACUAUACAUCUUAUCUUACCCGGGUAUUCAAUCUACGGGCGUAUGUACCCACGCACCUACCCACACACACACGCACGCACGCACGCACACACGCACACACACACACACACACACACACACACACACACACACACACACACACACACACACACACACACACACACACACACACACACACACACACGCACACGAACAGAAAGCAGCUGUCCAGGAAAAGAAAAAUGGAUUGAUGACUUUUUUUCUUUCUUUUUUUUUACACACAGUACAGCAUGGGAGGAGUCUUCAUUUUCCUCUCUCUCUUCCUCUCUCUCUGUCUCUCGUGGAGAUUUUACAAGCAUAUGCAUGCAGGCCCCUGCCACAAAGCGUGGGUGAACGCGGAGCGCAGAGUCAGUGAUUGUCUGGGAAUGAGGGAGCGAGUGAUGCCAUUUGGACGGUGCCAAGACCCAGCCAGAGUGACCGCUCCUCCUGCUGCUUCUGCUGCUGCUGGCGCACGAUUCGUCUGAAGCUCACCUUUAUUAAAAAAGGAGAUCCAGGAGUUUCAUUGGAGAAAUAGCCUAGUAGAAGAAGAAAUACUGGCGGGAGAUAGUUGGUCGUAGAAGGUUGACCCGACCUCCACUUUAACAGCAGCGAUGCGAUUGAACUUUACCACCAGUUGGAUAUUUCAGGGUUGGAUCACCUUGUUCGUGUUGGCCCUUUACGCACAGAAAACCUUCGCUAAAUCCAUCCAGUGUGGGCUUAACCAGUACCAAAUCAAAGGAUCGAAGUGUUGUGACCUGUGUGGACCAGGUUUCCGAUUGAAUAUUGAGUGCAGCGGCUCAAAGGAAACCAAAUGUUUGAGGUGUAGUUCAGGUGAAUACCAGCCAGGAUGGACCCAGGAGAAGAAAUGUCUCCCGCUGAGUACCUGUGAUAAGGGAAAGGGCUUCAUGCCGCGGCCUGAGAACCCGCUGGCUGAGGAACCGUGUAGAUGCCGGCCCGGCCUGCAGUGCUCGCUCAUCAACUGUGAGUACUGCGAGGCCGUGCCCACCUGCGGCCCCGGCUACGGGCUGGAGCCUGACCUCGAGUCAACCACAGGGCGGAGGAGGGCCUGUGCUCCCUGUAAGAGAGGCUUCUUUUCAAACGACGAGAACCAGGAACCAUGCACACAGUGGAUGAGCUGUAAGAGCCUGGGGAGAAGUGAGCUGCAGCCGGCCAGCCCCAAGAACGAUGCCGUCUGCGGACCCCUUGUCACGGGUGGGGCCACCUCCUGGGUGAUUGUGUCGGUGCUGUCCGUCAUCACCGUUCUCUCUCUGCUCAUACUGCUGCUCUUCUGCUAUAAGGACAAGCUGAAGCUGCUGUCUGUUAACCUGCGAUCGUGCAUUCAGAACCUGAAGAGAACGAGGAUCCAACAGGAAACCCUGGCCCCGCUCUACCACAGCGGAGCCCGGACAUUGGGGGCCGGGGCCACAGAGGUGGGCCCCGGGGAGCCCAACUACAUCAUGUGUGAGACCACCAAGCUCAUCUGCCAAGCUCCCCACUCGCUUCCCCCGGAGCCCCUGUACCCUGGUCUGACCCACAGCCCCUCCGACGACGCCAAAGUCUCCAUGCUCUGCACGGCUCGCACUGAGGUGUCCGACCAGGAACGGGAACAGGAAGUGAUGUCGCUGAGGAGGAAGCUGGCCGCCGAGGAAGGGAGCGAGCGGUCGGGAGAGCCCGAGGAGGUGUCCGACGACGAAGGAGGAGGGGAGGAGAAGGGGACGCAGGAGGAGGAGAAGGAGAAGGAGGUGGAGAAGGAGGAGGAGGUGGUGGCGGGGGAAGGGCCCUCGCUGACGGCGGGCUCCUGCGUGUGCGUGGCGCCGGCCCGCGAGCCCCUGGAGGUGGGGGAGAACGAGGACUGCAGCCAGGCGGUCAGCCACGAGGCCCUCAGUGCCUGCUCCUGUGGUGGGAGGGGGCAGGGCAGAGGGAGGGACCAGGAAGUGCCGAGGAGGAGAGAGGAGGGGUCGGAGGACACGAGCAGAGCCAAGGUCGGCGGCGGCGGCGGUGAGAGCAGCGAAAGUUCGGGCUCCUCUCUCAUCCACCCGAGUACCCCCACCGUAAGGGUCCCAUCCAGCCCAGUCCCCCCACAUACCCAGACCCAGACCAGGACCCGGCCGGAGCACAAACCCCACCCCUCUGAGAGGCCACACGUGCAAAGUCUAGAGACUAUUAGACUGACGAGCACGGACUCUGACUCAACGAAAACAAGCGCACCCUCCAAAGCGUUCGUCCCUUCAUCGCCCCCUAAACCCGUCCCCCUCCUGAUGUCCCCGCUGCCCGCCGGAGACCUCUACCUAGGGAAGACCCACGAGGCCCCCAACACGCCAGAGUGGAGCCAGGGAGUUUCCUGGGGGCCCAGUGGAGGGAAUAAGCUCCUCUCUGGGGGUCUGGAACUGGAGUGCCCCCCUGAGAGUCUCCAGAGUCAGCUGGCUGAACCAGCCCCUACCUCAGGUCAGGUGACCGGAAACCACAACACCACCUUCAUCUCCAACGGCCAGGUGAUGAACUUCAGCGGCGACGUCAUCGUCGUCUACGUCAGUCAGUCUUCGGUGGGGGAGGAGGAAGGGGCGGAGCCUGGCGCGGCCUUCGGCAGCCCCGUCCAGGAGCAGGCUAACGACUUGCUCCGGAGCUGCCAGCGCCAACACCAUGGGACGCCGGGGGACUCCAUUACCCAGAAUGCCUGCCAUGCUAGCACCCUGCCAGUCCAGGAAGUGAUGGCUGAUUGGUCGAGAGGGAAGUGAGGCAGGACUUAUGAUGGCCCUGACCCAGAUUUUAGUUUUCAGUUAUGAGAGAACUAUGUUUUAUUUUGUAAUGUUGAUGUCUUUCUGUCCUCUUCUUCAUCUUCCAAGGGGUUUUGGAAUAAGGGCUUUUUUUUUCUUCUCCAGGAAAGUAAUUCUCUUUUGAUUCAUAAUCAUAUUUAUUAGUUUGUAAACUGAGACAUUGAAGCAAGGCUGUAUUCAUAUCCCCAAGGGUGCCUCUGCACUGAAGCUCAUAGCUCACACACACACACACACACACACACACACACACACACACACACACACACACACACACACACACACACACACACGCACACGCACACGCACACACACGCACACACACACACACACACACGCACGCACACACACACACACACACACACACACACACACACGCACACGCACGCACACACACACACACACACGCACACACACACACACACACGCACACACACACGCACACACACACACACACACACACACACACACACACACACACACACACACACACACACACCGACCCACCCCACCCAUUAAACCCCACCUUAAGUACUUUUAGCUCCAGUCAGGAUGGCAUGUCAAAUCCAACAGACCAUACUCUCACACCUAAAAGCUGACUAACCAGUCCUGGGAGACAGCUCCAUACACACGUACUGCCGUUUCACUCGCAAAUCCCAAGACAAAGAAACCAUGUAUUAAAUCAUCCGAAGAGUGACAGUGGAUGACACUAGACUAUGGCAAUAUUGGUGUUGAAACCAGCCAAGCAAAUACAUCAUACCAGUUAUGACUCAUAAAUAAUAUUGUGACUGAUGAGGAAUAAGCAACAAUUACUUCCUUCGGUAAUCAUACUGCAUGGCUGAAUCCAGGUUUCAAAAUAAGGCUCGCUAAGUGUGUCAGGCAACUUCCGAAACAAACACAUCAGGAAGCUGAGAACCCGACAGCCUAUUGCAGCAUCAGCUCUUGCUCACCAAUGAAACAAUCCAUCAUGACACUUAGGUUCUUGGGAAAAACGUGUAUUCCACUCUGAUUGGGUGGUCAAGAUCAGGAGAAUGUGUCGAGCAUUGAGUCCUACUUCUGUGGAGCCUGGCAUAAAAAAAACUAAAAACAAUUCAUACAUUCGAAAAUAAUGAUCACCCAUCAUGGAAGGCCCUUUUGCACUCAGGGGCCACUGGCACUGGGCCAGGUGCCCAUAUGGUAGAUCUGAGUUUGCAUUUAAGCAUUAAACUGUAUCAGUGAUCUCGUCAUGGUAUCCGGCCCUGUUAUUGCAUGUUCCGAAAUAUCGAUAAUUUCAUUUUUUUUUGGAGAGUAGAGAAUCAUUAGGUUGCAAGGUAAUGAGGUAGACGGAGAAAAGAUGUUAAACGCAUCAACCUUGGACACUCAACACAUUGUCUCACCAUUUUCUUUUUACUGGCAAAUUUCUUUCAACAAAAACAGUAGUUGCCGAAACUUGAUCCAACCAAUUCUGAAGACAGUGCCAUUCCUUUUCCAGCCGAGAGUUAAACUUUUUUUUUACUUAUGAAAUCUCCCGUAAAUCCCCUAAAAACGAUGGGAAAGACUGAAAUAUUGGAUUGCUUUUUUUACCUUGUGGAAAUUAUGUGUGUAUCAUCUUAGAUUGGUCCAAACUGUCCCUUUUCAAAUCUGGAAAACAAGCAGGUGGAAUUUGCACAACCGCUGUAGCAAAAUGGCAGUUCCUUCGUCCAUUUUGAAUGCUUUGACCUAAAGUGGAUGUUAUACCGAUUUUACAAUAAACUUGUUAUUAUUUUUUUAAAUAAUAAGUGGUUGAAUUCAAAGGAUAACCUAAACUUAAUUGCGUGAUAUUAUGGGGAGUGAUUGUGGUAAGAAGUUCUCUUUUUCCUUUUCUUUCCUGGUAUGGGUUGUGGGGUUUUAGGCAUUUCACGGUUAAAAGACACGUCCAUUUUUGGUACGAUACUUAUUUAUCCUUUGUUUUUGGUUGAAGGUUGUUUUUUUGCUUCUUUAGUAUUGCACAACACGUGCAGUUUGGUUGAAAGAAAAAAAAAUGCUGUGCAUUUGUUAAUCUUUAUUACAACAUUUUUCCAUGUGUAUGUAUCAAUGAAGAAAGUGAUAAUGUCAUCUCUAUUGUUCAAAAUAAUUGUUGUUCCAAGUAAAUUGUCGAUGAUUUGUUUCAAGAUGCUCAAAUGAUGCGUCUGUAGGCCUACAUAUUUUAUAAAACAAAAGUGCAUUAUGAUCGAGUGAAACCAAAGAUAACAUGUUCCGUAUGUGCCAUUGUGUCAAGUUUAUCAUGUGGUUAAGGGGCGCCAUUAAUGGCAGACAAAGCACGAUUGUCAAAAGUUAAAAGCGAGUGUUCAACCAAGGCACACGUAGCCCCUCAUUUUUUCAAAUCAAAAGCGCAAUAAAAUAUAUUUUGAUUAAAAUGAAA